AUGGGGCUGGAGGCCGCCGUGGAGCUGGAGUGCGCGGCGCUGGGCGCGCUGCUGCGGGAGCCGCGGGAGGCGGAGCGCACGCUGCUGCUGGACUGCCGCCCCUUCCUGGCCUUCUGCCGGCGCCGCGUGCGCUCGGCGCGCCCCGUGCCCUGGAACGCGCUGCUGCGGCGCCGCGCCCGGGGCCCGCCCGCCGCAGCCCUGGCCUGCCUGCUGCCCGACCGCGCGCUGCGGGCGCGCCUGGCCCGAGGGGAGCUGGCCCGAGCCGUGGUGCUGGACGAGGACAGCGCGUCCCUCGCCGCGCUCCCGCCCGACGGCCCGGCCCGCGUCCUGCUCGCCGCGCUGGCGCACGAGACGAGCCCGGGGCGCACCGCCGUGUGCCUGCUCCGAGGAGGCUUUGCCGCCUUCCAGGCCUGCGCUUCCGACCUGUGCUCAGAGGCCCCGGCCCCGGUGACGCUGCCUCCUGUCGAGGAAAACUGCCCUCCUGUCGCGGACCCCAGGGUGCCCGUCUAUGACCAGGGAGGCCCUGUGGAGAUCCUGCCUCAUCUGUUCCUGGGCAGCUGCAGCCAUGCCUCGGAUCUGCAGGGGCUGCAGGCCUGUGGCAUCACCGCGGUACUCAACGUCUCCAGCUGUCCCAACCCCUUCGAGGGCCUUUUCCGCUAUAAGUGCAUCCCGGUGGAGGACAGCCAGGUGGUGGAGAUCAGCGCCUGGUUCCAGGAGGCCAUUGGCUUCAUUGACUCGGUAAAAAGCAGCGGAGGCCGAGUGCUGGUGCAUUGCCAGGCAGGCGUCUCCCGCUCUGCCACCAUCUGCCUGGCUUACCUCAUCCAGAGCCGCCGGGUACGGCUGGAAGAGGCCUUUGACUUUGUGAAGCAGCGUCGGGGCGUCAUCUCCCCCAACUUUAGCUUCAUGGGGCAGCUGCUGCAGUUUGAGACUCAGGUGCUUUGCCACUGAGUCAGGGCUUCUCAGCUAGGGUGCCCACCAAUCCCGGCUUCUUAGAAGAGUGUCCUGAUUCCCUGCAGGGAGAGCUGCUACUUCUGGAAGUUUGGCCUUGGGUCAGGGCACUGGGAAGGUUGGACUUUCUCACCUGGUGCUCUUCUUAGAGACUUGAGGGCUGGCCCUCAUCUUGGGGCAGAAUGAGGGUACGUCUGACCCUCUUCUUCCCCGCUGUUGGCAGAAACCAACUGGACUCACCACCGUGAUCCCAUCACUGCUGAAAUUUUUGGCAGCUUCAGAUUUCCAAGGAACAA